ACAAUGUUGGGAAUGGGAGAACAUAUCCUUAACCAUUCAAAAUCUUAUGUUUCUACAAAUUGACAGGCAACUUAUUGUUUCUGGUUUUUCGUAUCGUCUUUUAUUAGCAAAUUUUCCAAAACGUUUCAGUUUGCAACUUGCUCGUGGUGUUUUUCGUAAGUACUGGAGAAAAUCUUUAGUAGUGAUGCAAGGAGAAGAGAAAGGGACCCAUUUUCAAAAAGCUUAUGAGGUCCUUUCUCAAGUUUAUCCUAUUCCAGCCAUUUCCGUAGGCGCUAACACAGUCCUGGAUACUCUUAUAGCGGUUAUGCUGUCACAGAAUACAACUGAUCGUAAUUCAACAAAAGCGUUUGAGCAACUCAAGACUAGAUAUGAGGAUUGGAAUCAAGUUAUUGAAGCCCCUCUAAGAGAUGUUGAAGAGUGUAUCAGGGUUGCAGGUUUAGCAAAGACAAAAGCAGCCAGAAUAAAGGAGUUGUUGGAAACUUUACAAAAAGAACGAGGAGAACUGAGUUUGGAAAGUUUGAGAGGGUCCUGCACAGAAACUGUAGAGAAGGAGUUGAGUCGCUUUAAAGGAGUCGGUUUAAAAACCAUGGCUUGUGUUUCGGCGUUCUCCUUGGGUUUGCAAGUAUUUCCUGGUGCGUAUUAUUACUUAGAGGUAUAGCCUUUAUUAAUAUAAGUUUUAGUUGAUACUCAUGUGUUUCGCGUUUGUAAAAGACUCGGUUGGAUUUCUCCGAAUUGUAGUAGAGAUCAAGCUUUUCGUUCACUGAAUAGCGUUGUACCUUUGGAACUCCGUGUUCCUUUGCAUUUUUUGAUAAUAAGUCACGGAAGGGAGACCUGCCGUUCUCAAAGUCCUCGUUGCGAAGCUUGCACUCUACAAAAAGGUUGUCAGUAUUUCAAGUCUACGUCGAGAACCUCGUAAGACGAUGAAGGGUCUUCACAUACUAGUUGAGUAGUAUCCGUAGGAGUCAGAAUUUGUACCAUUUAUGUUUGUAAUUCAUGUCAAACUUCGUAUUCAAUCCACAUGACACGCUACUUUGACCGACUAUCUGACAGAUUUUAAUCACUUUAGCUUUCAAUACUUUGAAAUUUCCGUUUAGAAUACAAGAACAAGGUGGGGUUUGUUUUGUAGGGUAUUUUGUUGUAAAGAAUGAGUGCCGUAUAGACACUUCGUAAUAAUUGAAAGCUUCUCGAUGCUAGUUUGAAGCUAGCUUGUGUCCAGGCAAUAUUAUUAUGCUAUCA